AUGAACAAUGGAAACAAAGGAGUUGUAAUAUCGAAUUUACACCCAAGAGUAAGGCUGAAGGACAUAGUGGAUAUGUUUACUGUAUUUGGCAAAGUCGUCGGGUUCAUGGUGCAUGGCGAUGGACUUGUUUUGGAGUUUGAGGCGUUUCCUGAGAGGUCCUUGGCCAUGAACAACUUUCCUUUGGCGCAUAAAAGAAUGAAGGUCGAUCUAAUUGCGUGGGAUCAUGGCUAUGACACCUUUAAGACUGGAAACACCGUUGUCUUUGGGUCUUACCUCGACGUGGAUGAAGUAAGGGAUGAGUGCUGCAUGUUUGGCCAUGUAACUGAAGUGGUAAGAAAAGACGAUGGCAUAUAUGUUAUUUGCAACUCCAAGGCUGAUGGGGAAAGCAUAUUUAUGAACAUGUACGGGAGAUAUUAUAACAAGCAGAGAAUAAGGUGUCGUAUGGCUGAUGAAGAAAGCGUAUUAGAUGAAUAA